GGCUCCACUGUCAAUUCGAGAGCUGCGAAGUGUACGCUCGUGUCUAUUGCGUAGUGUGUUUAUAGUGAAGUGUGUAUUGUGAAGAAAUUUCGAAUGUCGUGAGGUGAAAGAUUGUGUAUUUUUUUAAUCUGCAGUGCAACUUGUGCUAUCAAUACGAUGUGUUAAGUGUAAUAAUAAGUGUGUUGUUCAAAAUGUGUACGGCACCGUGGUGUGCAAAAUUGAUUUUUGCCACGUAGUGACGCGAACGGGUAAUGAUUCCUAAUGUGGAGUUCGAAGCAAGAUGGUUAGAGAGACUCGGCACCUGUGGGUUGGAAAUUUACCCGAUAACAUACGUGAAGACCGAAUAAGAGAGCAUUUUAAACGCUAUGGCCGAGUCCAGAAUGUCAAGUUAUUGGGUCGAAUGGAAAACGCAAGCGCGAACACAAACGCGGUUGCUAAUAGCGGUGUGUGCGCCACUGUUGCCUUUAUGGACAUCAAGUCUGCUUCGAAGGCACAUAACGUGGAGCACGUACUGGACGAACGAACUCUCACCACUGAGUAUUACGAGCCAGCCGCAAUACCAUCGUCCGCGGGCGCGCCUUCUGCCGGGUCUUCACCUGCCGGCUCCGGCUACUCAGGUUCUUCAUCCUCCGUGAAUUCAGCACCCGUUCCCGUUACAACCUCGCGUUAUCAUCUUUCAGGAGAAGAGAGCGCGGGAAACGCUUGUGCAAUGGCUGCAUCAGCAGCCGCUCCGGCCACGUGGCGUGGCACCAACGACAGCGCCACCGAGUAUUGUCGUCGCGGUAACACACCCGCGGCAUAUGGCAGGUACCAGAGGAACAACUCCACAGCACCCUACGCCACGACCCCCACACAUGUCGAAAGGACGACGCCGCACCACCGCUGGUGUUCGUCUGUGGGCGGCGGCGCGGCCGGCGGCGAGAGCACCCCGAGCACGCCCGGCGGCGGCACCGAGCGCCGACGGCGGCUCUCCGAGUCCGGCUCCUCGCGCUCGGAGACCAGCUCGCCCGAGCCCAGCGACACCUCGCGCGCCUCCACGCCGCCCGCCGACCAUCACGCCGCGCACCACACGCCCAGGAGGACGCCGCCCACGCAUACGCAUCAGUGGCCGUCAACAGCGAACGGCAGACCACUGGCGAUAUGCGUCCGGAACCUCCCCACUCGGUCGACCGACAGCUCCUUGAAGGACGGUCUCUAUCACGAGUACAAGAAACACGGGAAAGUGGUGUGGGUGAAGGUGGUCGGUCAGAAUGCCGAUCGGUAUGCGGUCGUCCGUUUUAAGAAGCCGUCCGACGUAGAGAAGGCACUCGAAGUGUCUCAAGAUAAGCUUUUUUUUGGUUGCAAGAUCUCAGUGGCACCUCACCAAAGUUGUGACGACGAUGCGGAAUCGGCGAAACCUUAUGAGACUGAUAUUGAUGAAUACCAUCCGAAGGCGACCAGAACGUUGUUUAUCGGUAACCUGGAAAAGGACGUUACACAACAGCAACUUAGGGAUAAAUUUAAGCAUUUCGGGAGAAUAAUCGAGAUCGAUAUUAAGAAGGGUAGCGGCGGGGGCGCCGGCUACGCUUUCUGUCAAUACGCGUCCAUAUCGAGCGUCGUGGAGGCGAUACGAGCCAUGGACGGAGAGUACGUUGGCAACUCGCGCGUCAAGCUCGGCUUCGGGAAACCGGUCGCCACCACCUGCGUCUGGGUCGACGGUCUCACCGAACACACGGAAAAACAGGUACUGGGCGCCGUGUCUCGUUGCGGCGCGGCGACGUCGGUGUGCGUGGACCGCGCGGCGGGCGCGGCCCUCGUCCACUUCGAGCAGGCGGCGGCGGCGGGCGGCGCCGUGCGGGAACUCCGACGCGUCGCCGCACAGCUCUCCGCCGCCGAGCCCGACCACCCGAGGCUCUGUGUCGACUACGCCUCCAGGGAGUGCCAGGAAGCGUUUUACGAGCAAUUGGAAAAACAUGGUGGUUCUGCUGCCCUCGCAGGAGCUGAACGGGUUGCGGGAGAACUGCCCGGCCGGUACGUAGCGCCACGGCACGAGACUCUUCGAUACGAGGCCGCUGGGACGAAUCGCUCGAGAGCGCCGAGUUUUAGUCGUGCCUCGUCACGGACUCCGAGAUAUAAUGCAAACGAUCAUUACGAUCCUGCUGAAUACGCGGCCGAUCGUAGAUACAGGGUAUUUGAUGAUUUAGGAUCUAGUCCACAAACAGAUGAUGCAAACUAUGAAGAACGUUUGCAGUCAGUAGUCGUUUCUCCUCACCGUGGGCAUAAACAUCGGAGGGAUUCCAGUCCCGAAGGAAGAAAGCAUUCAAAGGAGCGGCACCGUAGCGCUGGUGGUGGAUCUCGUCGAUCCCGAUCGGGGUCCCGCGGUCACUCAUCCCGGCGGAGGCAUCGCAGACGACGCGAUGGAUCUGAAUCGAGAGGGUCUCGGGCGUCACGUGCUGGUACUCCCUUGAGAGACGAGCUAGAUGCGCCCCCCACGGAGCCGCGUCGCCCACCGCGGGAGCGACCACCGCUGCCCAUGAGUCUCCCUCUGCCGAAGUUUGCCGUACAGUUGUUACGAGCCGCACCACCGCAGCCACGCCUUCUGCCACCGGCCCCCGCAUCGCCGCCGCGCCCGCCCUCCGCUUCUUCCUCUAGUGGAGGCUCGGCGCCUCACUCACCCUCGCUGGAGGAGCGUAUACGGUCUCUUGACGAAAAGUAUGAGAGGUGGACGGGAUCGCGAGCCCACAUCGACGCUCCUGAUAGAUCCCGACUUCGUCAUCGUUUACUGGAAUUGGAUAUCAAUGAAGUGAAGCCCUCGGAUGUAGUUCGUUCUCUUUUGGCUAAGCGCUCUGUGUUCGAUGAGGAUUCUGAACGGUUGGAGGGUGCCACCCGCGCACCGAGCCCGGGAGGUAGCCCGCGUUCUUUACCGGUUUCGACGUCUCGUGUCCUACGAUAUCCUUUUCCCGUUCACGGAAUGCAUACUUCAGCUGUCAAUACGCCAUUAACGAAUCCAGCGGGUCUCACGCAACCACCGGAACCAGAAGAAUAUGAUAGAAGUAGACUAUUAAAUAUGGAUAAAAUAACCAAGCAUGUAGACAUCGAGAACGGUCAAGAGAUAAGAAUGCGAUUGCGCACUCCUUCGAUUGAUAGGCCAAUGUUGGAAAAUUUUGAAAAGAAGCAUUCUCCGACAAGUGAAAAAUCCGAAAUCCGUUCACUGCCAGAAACAGAAACACAAGAAAAUAGAAGAAGAAACUCUUUCAUAUCAAAUGUUGACGACAGUAAGACUGCAACAAUAACGGACAAGGCGACCUUGGAAAGAAUAAGUCUAGAAAAGUCCAUUGAAAAAAGUAUUUUGGAAAUCCAAGAAAAAUAUAAUAUUAGAGACAAUAAAAUUAUUUGUGAAGAUAAAAUUACAACCUCCGCGGUAACAUCUAUCAAGAAGGAGGAAAUCAUUGAAGAGAAAGUUAAAGCUAGUGAUUUCUUUAAUAAGUUCGAAAGAAAAUGUUUCAGAGAAGAUACUAAAUCACGAUGUCUAGAAUCAAAAAGUGAAUUAAAACAAGAGUUGAGCAUGGACAUGAACAAAAGUGAUAAAUAUAUGUUAACAAGCGAUUAUUCUUCUAAGACUGAAGUAAUGCUUAUGGAUAUGAAACAAAAGCUAGACCACGAUAAAAAAAGUGAAUUCAAUUGUCAACCCAAGCAAAAUGAAAGAUUUAAAGACAAGUAUCAUAACGCCACUAACAAGAAUGCUACCAACUUUAGAGUGCAAUCAGAAAGUCAUUUUCAUUCAUUAAAUAGUAUUGAUUUACCUAAAAAUAAAACGGAACCGGCAGAAGAGUCAAGUCAUAUUGAAAAAAGUAACAAGGAGAUGCUUUUGAAAAGUAUCACUUGUGCAAAAGAUAAUAUUCUUUUGAAACAAAUUGAUGAGACACACCACGUAAAAUGUGAUAAAUCUAAUAACGUGAAUGUAUCAACUACUUCUGUACCGCCCCAAGAAAAGGCUGCUGGUAAACUUCAGGAGGACUGUGCUAAAAUUGAAAAAGAUAAAUUAAGACAUAUUCGUGACAAAUUAGACAAGGAAAUAGAAAGAGAUAAAUCAAAAAUCAAGCAAACUAGUUCUAAGUUUGAUAAACACGACAAAGAACGUAAAGUUAAAGAUGAUUCUCUUAGUACAAAAAUACAUACAGAUAAAUCUGACAGAACUAGAAACGAGAAAGAAGGAGACAAAACCUUAGAUAAAGAUCGCGAUUUUGAAAGAUCUAAAGUAAUUGAAGAUAAAACAUCUCGUCAUGACAAUCACAAAAGAGAUAAACAAGAAAGGGACAGGAAAAAAGAUAUCCCAGAUAAUGAAAGUAUGGCUAAGGCUUCAAAAAAGGAAGAAAAGCAUAAAAAUGAUCGACCGAAAAAGGAUAGUGAUAAUAAGCGUGAUAAUAAGAGGGAAGGGGACUCAUCGAAAAGUAGAAAAAGUUCCAGAGAUGAAUCUAUUAGAGAUAUUUGUCGAAAAGAUUCGACAGACUCUACAACAUCAAGAGCUUCCCACGAUUCUUCAAAAUCUAGGGAAUCUGAAAACAUUGAGCUAAAGGAAGACAUGAAAACAAGAAUUAAGAGUCUCUCGGAUGUAGUGAAUAAAGUAGAUACAACUGAUAAAGACCCAACAAUCAAACAUCACGACCACCUUAAAUUGGAUGGUAAAACAAAAAUUAAAAGUGAAAUUAAAGAUGAAAAAGAUCCUUCUGAGCAACAUUUUAGGAAUAAAAUAGAAAGCUAUGUUGAUAAUAAGAAAAUUAAAACAGAGAAUUCUGAAAAGUCGAGACAUUAUUCACUAGACUCACCUAGCGUUGACAUUAAACGAAAAGAGCGUUUAAACUCGUGUUCAAGUUUGCCGUCUAAUAUAGGCCAUAAGCGAAGAAUGUCUUCACAAGACAGCAUAGAUUGUCUCAAUGAGGAAAUAAAGAAAGGUAAAAGUGAACGUCGCGAAUCUAAGGACUGUAAAUCUGUUGAAAGACACAAAACCACAAAGUUUAGUAAGGGACAUUUCGCUAAAAUAAUUGAGAGUAAAACUAAAGACGACAAGAAAAAUCAAGUCAAACCACCUGAUACAACUUUUACUAAUCCUAAAUGCUUGGACACAAAAGAAAUCGGUAACGAUAAACUUAAGACAUCCAGAAAAAGUCCGAUCGAAAGUAUUGAAAGCAAAACAAUAUCUGCUCCAACAAACAUUUCAUCCGAACCCCUGCAUAAUAAUUUUGAUUUUCUGGCUACCUUAGAACUUCGGUCUAGCGAAGAAGACGAGAAACAAAAAGCUUUAAGGAAAGAGAUGAAGGAGAAAAAACGAAUACAACAAUUGCAACAAAUUCAAGAACUUCAGAUGCAACAAGAUGCCUUACAGCAAGCAGAGAUAGGUAACAAAAUAAAAGAUGAUAGAAGAAUUAAAAGUGAUGACAAGAAAAAAGAUAUUUCCAGAGAGAAAAGGAUGUCUACUGAAAGAAAAAGCAAGGAUGAGAAAACUGAUAACAUCAAGCGACGAAAUAGAAAACAAUUACAUAGUACUGAUACCUCGGAUUCAGAUGAACCCAAAAAGCAUUCAAUAUUUGAUAUAGUUGAUGACGAAUAUAACAUAUCUAUGUAUGAUAAAGUGAAAGCUAGAUCAUGUAAAAAUAUGCAAAAACAGGAAGAAGAAAAGCGACAAGAAAAAAUAAAAGCCAAGUUUAGUCAAUUGAAACAAAGUAGGGCUAAACGUGAGGAAAAGAAAAGAUCAAGUUGGGAUGAAGACAGUGAUUCUGAUAGUGAAAGACGUAAAUCUCGUAAAAUAUCAAUGGAUAGUUCAUCCGAUGAAGAUCACAUUACAAUACACAGUAAAAAACGUGAGAAAUCACAAGGGUCGAGUCUUGAAUAUGACCGUAAUAGAACUAAUGAUUAUUUCGACACAAUAAGCAAUGAAGAGGAUUCCUCUAAUAAAUUAUCGCGUAAAAAUUCAAGAACACGGAUUAUGUCUGACUCAUCUGAUGAUGAGAACAGUCGGAGGAAAGCCAGUAAAAGUCCAUGUUUUAUUGAUAGAAUUAAGAAAGAAGUUUUUUCAGAUUCUGAAUCUUCUACGAAAUGCAAAGACAUUGAUGCAGAUAUACAGCUAAAACAACCCUGCGAAGAUAAAGUUAAGAAAACAUCGCUUUUAAAUUUGUUCGGUAAAAGCGAUAGCGAAGAUAAUAGACUUAAACCAACAUUUGAAAAUGAUAAUGAUUAUAGAAUGUCAUUCACAAAAACUUUCCCAAAUGACUUGUCUUCAGAAAAUGAAUCAAUACCGAAUAGAAUAUCUUCUGAAUUACGCAGAAAACAUAAGAAAAAACAAAAGAGAUAUAAGUUUACAUAUUCGGACGAGGAAAACAAAAGUAAUCAUGAUGGUUCUACAGAAAUUAGAAACAAACAUAAGAAUUCUGAUAAAAGUCGCCGACACAGUAAUAAAAAAGAAAAAAGAAGAGAUAAGAUACGUGAUAGUAUUGAUGCUGACGAACCAAAGGAAGAAAAGGAUAAAAUAAAAAUUGAGAAGUGUUCUCCCAACCAAUCAUUUGACACAGUGUUGGAGGCAAUGUCAAAUAAUAACAAAAAGGAAGGCAAAAUGGAAGACAUAUUUGGUCCUUUGUCAGAUGAAUCUGACAGAGAGGUCAAGACUAUAAGCAAUAGAGUUGAUGUUUUGCCACCAGAAUGUGAGACAUCGUUAUGUACUGCAGCUGAUAAAUUAAGUAGUGAUGAAAUGAAGAUCAGAGACAAGGAGGAAAUUAAAAGGCGAAAAGAAAAGAGACGAAAAGAAAAGAGACAUUUCGUUAAAGAAGAUGAUAACAGCUUGGAUGUAGAUGCUGUAAGUAAAGCUAUUGAAGCUAGAUUAUUCGAAGAGUCAAAUGUUGACAACAACCAUUCUAGAUCAGAAAAAACAGAAGCUAAAGUCAAUUCUGAAAGUGAUUUGAAAUAUAUGGGUAUCAAUUAUAAAGGAGACUUAAAUAAAUAUAAUGAGAAGUCCAAAAAAGAAUCUCGAGAGAGAAAAAAGAAAAAGAAGAGAAAUAGAGAAGAAAGACAAAGCCGUAAAGAACAUCAUCAUGAGAAGUUACAUAAAAUGGAUUCAUUUUUAGAUAAUCAUAUGGAACAAUUAUCACCAAAAACAUUACUCGAUAUACCAUUACCUACCGAUAUUCCUAAAGUUGAAAUAAUAGAUAAGUCGGAUGACAGUAAAUCUUUAUCUGAAUCUCCGAGUUUACCAAGAAUAACAGAUAGCCCUACCUUUGUUUUAAAUGCAGAAGAUACCAAUAACACUACAAAUGAGUAUGAUACUCCUAAAAGUCUCGUCGUUGACGAUGAAGUCGAGAUUGAUUAUGAAAUGACAAGAAAUAUUGAAGUGACAGACAUACCUAUGCCUCCCCCUAUAGACAAUAUUGUUCAAGACAUCAGUGAAGUGCCCCUACCGAAAGAUCCUCCAAUUGAUCAAGUAUUAGAAAUAUCAUUACCUGAUAGUGAGGAUUCUAAUGUUAACACAGAUGUAAAAGAAAGUGAAGUGGCGGUUAAAAGCAUAUCUAAUUUAGAACCAGAAAUUGAAAAACCUGUUGUGCAAAGUGAAAAAAAUAUAAGUGACUGUAAAUUAGACAAAAAAUUAGAAGAAAAACCUCGGGCUAUAAUUUCACAAGAAGAAACUGAAGAUGCUGUAGCCGCUUUACUUGGUGAAAGUUUUGGAGGUAAAGUAAAUACUUUUGAUUGUUAUGAAGAAGUAGAAUGCAACACGUCCAAUGAAAUGGAGAUAGAAAAUACUACGAUCGAAAGUGAACUCAUCCCUGAAGAAGAUGCAGAAGAGAUGAGACAGGCUGUGCAAAAUUUAAAUGCCAGUGAAAUGGAAAUGAAACCUGAUACACCAGUGUCUGACGAUAAUCUUUUGUUGAUUGACACGGAUACCGAGGAAACAGAGGACACUACUCAGGAUACUAUAGACAGAUUACCGGUUGACCUCAUAGCAACAAACCAAUCCCUUAAUAAUAACACCAAAAUAACUGUUGCUCAAUCUACCGAAGUUAGUAGCAUUGUUAUCACGAAGCCGAAACCAACAAUGGCAAAUUCUGUACAGAAAGAAAUUAACGAAUCGAUUAAUAAUGUGAAGGAGGAACAGGUUAAACCCCCUGCUAAAAAACAAGAAACUGUGGAACAAAUUACAUCAACAGCGACUCCAGUCAUUACAUCUUGGACUUUGUCAAACAAUAAGUUAAUAGAAUCUCAAGUAGCCAAUGUUCCUGUUAGUUCUGCUAGCAGCCGAGAAAUUUCUGAAAAUACCCAAACUCAUAUAAAAACAAAUAUUGUACAAAUUAAAACAUCACAUAGUCCCAAAGUUCAGAUAAAUAACACUUUGAGGCCUAUUAUAAAUUCAAACAGGGUUAGUACAGCUCCUUACCAAGUGAUAAAUCAAAUGAUUAGACCUCAAGUAUCUAACAUUCAACCUCCAACAAUCAAAAUUCCUGAACCCCAUAUUAUUUAUCAAAAGCCAACUAACAUUGUUAUAUCACCAAGGAUAAAUAGUGAACCUUUAAUUUUGAGUCCGAAAUCUAGUGUACAAACAGAAGGUAUGACUUCACCACGUUUACCUAAUAUGGCUUUAUUGAGUACUUCACCUCAAAAUGUUGUUGGAUCACCGAGCACAGCGCAGCAACGCGCUCAGGGUCAACAAGUAACAGUGGUUCGAAUGCAACAGUCACCACUAAGUCCUAUACACAGUAUGCAUAUUCCGCAUGCGAGAGCUAUGGUGUCGCCAAACAGACCCAAUUCUGUGUUAGUGCAAACUCAGGGAACUCCAAUACACUUUAAUCGAUUACCUGUAACACCGGUUCUUGCUCCCAUUUCAAAGCAAAUAAAUGCUAACAUCAUUCAGUCAACCAAAGGAAGCGGAUCUUACGAUUCUGUGUUAAUUCAACAGCAAAAAAUCUGUCAGACAAUACCAGGAGACAGGGGAAAAAUGGACAGUCCACCAGAUGCUUCUAAAAUUAUUUUAUCACCUAACAGACUGCAAAGCUCGGUCUCAACUGUAAUGGCUCAAAAUCGUCUUAUACCUGUGCAAAAUUCAAUUCAUGUGAGUAAUAUAAAUUCCGGCUUGAAUUUACCAAACAAAGUCUUAAUAAAUAAUAAAAGCCCAUUCAGUGACAAGAGAGAUACUCACAUAAGCAAAUCUGAAAAUAUCAUCGCCGCUACUUCUUCGCCGAUUAUACAUCUAUCGGGUCCUUCUUAUUCUUCUUCUAAUAUAAUUCAAGCCAAUACAAAAUCGGUAACGUGUAAUCUUCAAGAAGUAACUACUGUGAGCAGAGGACACGGAUCAAAUGUCAUCCAUUCCAUAAAUACACAAAGACUUGUAUCUUCAAGUCCUAUAACAAGUGUUAUUCAACUAGAACCUGCAAAAGGCCCUCCUUCUGUUUUAUCAAUGGCGGCUGUACGAACGUCAUCGCCUGGAGUUAAACAAGAGUUGUCGACCACAGUUGUUGUUACAACAUCCAGCCUCGCUAAUGUUGUGAUGACUCCAUUGCUUUUGAAAACUAGUCCUAAUCCAAAACCUACUUUAAGGCUACAUACUAGAAGUGAAAGUGAGCAGGUUGACGCCCAUUCCAAUAACGAAAUCCAAGCCAGCGAGGAUAGAACGGAAACAUCUCAUAAAGAACUAGGACAACAAAAUAAUAUACAACAACCUUCACCUGUAACCCAUCUGUCACCCAUAGAUCGUGUUGGUAAAUGUGAAACUGAUUUCGAAGAGCUCUUAAAAGAUAACAUAAAUGAAAUUAAAAUAACAAAUGAACAUCACAAAAAGAUUGACAUUAAUGUUAAUAAAAAUGUUGCAAUUAUUGGUCAAGUACAAAAUAGAAGAAACAGCAUUGAUAAUGAUGUAGCUCUUAUGAAACAUGAAGUAGAAAAUUUUAUAAAAAACGAAGCAGACAACGAAAACACUAUUAAAAAAUCUGACUCUGUAGAUAUGUCUUCAGUAAAAAAAUGCGAAAAUGAACUAUCAACAAAAAUUAAACCUGAUAACAACAUGCUAUGUAUAACCGAGAAAAUUCCUAAAACUGAUGAGGAUGACUUAUCGAAACCAAUGGAAAGUAACACAACUAUCGCAAAAGAAAACCACGCUCCCGCAAUACCAACUAGUGUCGAUAUAAACGAUUCUAUAAGACCUGAAUCCGGUGUUAACAAAAAUGAUUUCUAUAACCCACUUUGUAUUCAAACGCAAGCACCUACAAAUGAUAUAAAAAGUCUAGAUGAAAGUGAGUAUUGGUCAGGCAAAGAUAUAAUUAAUAUAGAAUCUGUUAUUAAGAAAGUUGAUUCGUUAUGUAGUGACAAUGUCGAAGAAAAGAAAAUAGAAGAAAAUACAACCAAACAGCCUUUAGUAAUUGAAAUGAAAAAGUCCGUUGAAAGAAAUGUUCAAAAUGAGAUUUUUAUUGAAGAAAGUGAGACCGCUAAAACUGAAAAACCAAAUGAGAAUAAAGUUGUUGAAAACGCAAUAGACCCCUUUCAAGAUAAUAGUUUGAUGGAAGAUUAUGUUACAGAAAAAAUUGGUACUGGUAAAAGAGGUGGCCGUAGUGGUAGGGGUAAGAAAUCUGACAGAAAUCCGGAUAAGGUACAUACCCGUCAAAUAGCAAAAACUCCUAGAGGUACUUCGAAACGUGGCAGAGGUCGGGGGAAGGUAGACAAAAAAAUUAAAAACAUGAUAAAUACCAAUGCUAAUAAUAUGCCUGGUGAUGUGUACGAUUUUCAUGAAGAUUCUGGGGAUGAAACAGUCUCGUCACCUAAUAAAACAGAAGUAAGACCACGUUUAAUAUUGACUAUAAAAAGUCCUCUUUCUGGCAAUUCCAAUACCGUUGUUUCAACCUUAAGUAUAGCACAGAAGGACCCUGUAAAAGUCACUGAAAAACAUAAGGAAGAAAAAUCUGAUGUCUUUGCAUCGCCCUCAAUAAAUACAAGAAAGUCUCGACGGCUCCAAGAAAAAGAUAUACAAAGGAGUUCCGUCGAUGACAUCAUUGAUGAUGUCGUAAAAGGCACGGCCAAUCAAUUUAAAACUAAUAACAAAGAUUCGAAUAAAAAGAAAUGUACAAGACAAACUGUCAAUAAAACGGGCGAUAAAGCGCUCUCAAGUGACACACGGAAAUCUCCCAGAGGAGUUAAAAGAACAAGGGAUAGAAGUUUGUCAGAUGCUUCCACGGAAAGCUGUGAAGAAAAUAUUAAAACUGACGAAAUAAUCAAAGAGUCCAAGAUACCGAAAUUAGAACCCACGAUCCCACCCACCAAAUGUACUCCCGAACCUGUCGUUAAGCCUCUUAUAGUUACCAGUCAGAGUGCCACCACCUGUCCACCUAAUAACAACCCGAUACCUAUAAUGAAACCACCCAAGAAGAUGAUAUCCGAAAUCAGCGCAAAGCUCGCCAGCGCUUUCGAGGCGGCUGCUAACGCGACCAACCGUAUUCAAGAACGAUCCAUCUUACCGUCGGAGCCGGAACGUCUCCCGCCACCGGCUGAGGGUGCCAUUGGUGAUGGCGACGCGGGCUACGGGCGACGACUCGUGGACAAUGUACCCUCUAACAUGAUGCCCGUGGGAGCCACGGAGGCGACGGAUGCGAGGGUACAGUCCCCCGCCCUGCCGCAUAGACCACCUUCCUCACAUCACCUGCCCGAUAGAGCUACGCCCAUCCUUGUCAGGGGUGGCGAUGGAGAAGGAGGGCCGAUCGCCGCCAUGGGUCCCUUGGGCGCGAUGGGCGCUAUGGGUGGAGCUAUGGGUGGUAUGGACGCGGGGGCAGCGCUGUACCGGGGCGCGUACCCGGGCCCGGCCAGCUUGCCGCGGGGUGCACACCAUCCCCCACUCGCCAAACAGGUCGCCGUCAUCGGACAAAACCAUCAUCCAGGAUCACGCGUUACUAUCACCAGUGUACCCGCUGGCAGUCCACAAGGACCUAUGGCAAUUGGCGAAGGUGUAUACCCGCAUUUUUCACAUCAUCAUUACCAAAUGUAUCAGCAACAUUUCCGUGCGACCCAACAAGAAAACAGGGACACGCCAACAUCCUUUACUAGAGGCGCCUUGGACGCCGAGGGCUCGGAGGCUCCGACGCCUCCUCUGGAACUGCGUCGUCCUCCAUCGGCUCGUGUGCCCCGUCCGGCGCAUUCGCCCUCGCCGCACGACCGGCAUAUCAUGUACGCGGUGCGAUGCGGUCGGUCUCCGCCUCCGGCUCACGGCACGUCUCGGCCGUCGUCCGCGCUGCCGCCGCCCGCCGCGCCCGGCCCGCCACACGCCUCGCAGGUCCCCAGGGAGGCGGACUCCCUACAGAUGCUUUUGCGGCGCUACCCGGUCAUGUGGCAAGGUCUGCUGGCUCUCAAGAACGACUCGGCGGCCGUGCAGAUGCAUUUCGUGGGUGGCAACCCUGGUGUGGCGGCUGACGCGCUGUCGCGACACUCUGACGGCACGGCCGCCUCUUUAUUGCGCAUCGCUCAGCGCAUGAGGCUAGAACCAGCUCAGCUGGACCAAGUACAUCGCAAGAUGAAGCUCGAAAAUGAACACUGCAUGCUGCUAGCGCUACCCUGUGGCCGCGACCACAUGGACGUGCUUCAGCAGUCCACCAACCUGACGGCCGGCUUCAUCACCUACUUGCAGCGCAAGCAGGCUGCCGGCAUCGUUAAUGUAGCGCCCACCCCGGGUCACCAUCAGUCUAUGUACACGGUGCACAUAUUCCCGUCGUGCGAGUUCGCCAACGAGAACCUGACCCGCAUCGCCCCCGACCUGAUGCACCGCGUGUCCAACAUAGCUCACCUGCUGAUCGUCAUCGCCACGGCCAUCGGAUGAGGACCCGCCUGCGCCGCCUGCGGGCGCGCCCCACUCCUACACCCGCGUCGGACCGGACUGGACUUCGUAUUCUCGGAAUUUAGAAUAUUCGAUCUCGACCGUGACCAACUGUACUAUUUAUACACGCUGCUCGAUGAGUGUUUUAACAAAAAAAUGUAAAUAUAUCCAGGUUGUGAAACUUCUUUAUAAUGUGAACGGCCGCAGCACGCUGGACUGCGGCCGCGGACUGUGGACGUUCGUGUGAACGAUCGUGGUGGUGAGGAACGCUAGUGUCGGCGAUACGCUCGGCGCGCAUGGACGUGCAUGUAUAGAGUGCAGUGCCGCGUGUGAAGCCGCCUUCGUCUAUUUAUUUAAGGUUAGGUUUAGGAUGUAGCUUUGUAAAGUACUUUUGUUAUGGUCGACUGGGAUCGGCCUUGUUCGGAGUUUAAAUUUAUAAAAAUAUGAUAUUGACGUGCGAAGUCAGUUAAAUAUAUUUAAUAAUUUUGGGUUUCGAUUAGAUCGGUGGCAAUCUAUCGAGCAUUUUUUAUUGUUAGUGUAAAUUGUUAUUUUGUUUUAAGCCUAGGAUCUAAAGUAAUUUAAAUGUUGUAAAUACCUGAUCUACCCAUACUAAAAUUGGAUUUAUUCACUUAGAUCAUUACGGUAGGUAAUGCAGAACUCUUAUAACGGGGUCGUACGAUAAUACUGUUAACGAUAAGGAACUUAAUUCUAUGGAAAACGAUAAAAAAAUACACGUGGAAAAUAAACUGUGAUUCUGACUUAUUGUAGGCUUAUAAGUAGUCUUGUAAAGCAUACGCAGGAAUGAGUAUGUGUGAUCGUAGCGGCCCAUGUGACGUCACUCCCUAUGUUGCGUGUUGUGUAUGUGUGUGUAGUGUACACGACAUUUGGCGGCAUAUAGCGGCCAUCACUUCCAAAUGCUCAGUGUAAGAGAAGUAAUCGAAGUCAUAUUUAAAACGAACUCGUUGUAACACUUUAUUUUAUGCUUUUAAUUUGUCUGCCGUCUCUACUAUCAUGACAAAUUAAGAUAAUAAAAUGCAGAUGAUUGCCGGCCAGUCGUGCCUCUCGCUUCUAAUGUGUAAUAUUAAAACUAACCGAAGUCAUUGUCCUCUGGAUGUUGUACAGUGAAGGUUGCAUCCGAUGUGUGUAUACGCGAGUCGCGUCACACGCCGGACGCAACCUCGUCAGUUUGUAGUGGUGACGUCUCAUCGGCCGUUACUCAUCGGAUGUUCGGACAGUAAGUUUUCUCCAUUCCACGCCACUCGCCUCACCCGACGCGAUCUCUCGACUGAGCCCCGACGUUUCAAACACAUUUUGCUGUCGUAAUACGAACCGACCAUAUUAUACUUCUCGCAGCUUCAUGGCGUCUGCGUAGAGUUUGGCCGGUUUUCUCGAUUGUCUUAUCCGUGUUUUACAAUUGUCUUUAUAUAAAAAAUUGGUUAAUCGACUUUUUUCAAAGUAUUGUUAAGAGGAAAUUGCGACUCGAUCGUCGUACUAAAAACAGAGUACAAAAUAUUUUAUGUCUUGUAAUUUUAUAUGUACGAUAUAGAAGUAAACGGCACGCGUAACAUGUAUAUUCUUUUUAAGAUUAAAAUAUAUAGUUGUAAAAAUGUUAUAUGUUUGGUCAUGCUUCCGUCGCAAGCGGUUCCCGAUUUAGCUAGGAGAAACACUAACGAACUGUCACUUCGUCCAUUAAUUUUAAACAUAAUUUUAUUAGUAAACGGUCGCCCAAAAUAUGUAUUUGACUUCCUUAUGAAGGAAGUCGAUGUAAAUAAGUUUCCAGUAAAUAUAGCGUAACAGUAUUUAGUCUUGAUAAUGAGAUAAAUAUAUGAGAUAGUAGACGGCACAUGAGAAUUAUAGAAGAAAUAUUUAUUGAUGUCAAAUCGGUAUUUACUCAUUAUUUAUUUAUUGCUGCGAUGUAAUUAUUUUUUGGUAAUCGGAAUGCAAACAAAAUUAUAAAUUUGCCAAUAAGUAAUUGCAUCCCUCCGUUUUACGUCAAAGUGUCAAUUACUAAUGUCUAAUAUUAAUACGAGAACGUUCCUUUCGGACACGGUGUACGUUUCAUUUGGUCGGUGGUCGCAGACUGAGCGGUACUGAGCGGUAGGUGGUAGGUGUGAUGAGAAGUAUAAUAUGGUGCGGUUCGGCGGAACCGCUCGGGCCCAGAGUAUGGUGCGUUCGGGUGAGAUCGGGUUUGUUCGGGUGCACCCAGUGGGGGGCGCGGCCUGCGGUCGGCGGCGGCGGCUGCUGCCCGCGUGAGAGUUGUAGCUUAAAUAUGUAUAAAAUUAACAUUUGAUCUCAAGUGUGCAGCAAAAGUGAAGGUGAGGUGACUAGACUGUUAUAUAGCAGCAGCCGCAGCCGCUGACGCCGCGCCGCUCGCGUAGCUACGGUUUUAGAUGUAACUUUGUAUUAAGGAUAUAAAAAUAUUGUGAUCAUAUUUCUACUGUAAGAUUAAAUUGCUAGGUAUAGAUGUAAUUGUAUAUUUUGUACAUACUGAGAAUAGUAUUGUAUCUUUACUUCCCUUUAUCCAAAAAGCCCAGACUCCUGUGUGUUAUGUACCUCCUACCUACCAAUACUAUUAAAAAAAAAUAAUACUUGA